AUGUUGACACAUUCACACACUUGUUUCCCUUCUCUACUCUCCACUCUCCACUCUCGUCAUCAAUCCUACACCAGGGGAACACUUGGUGCAUCCCCUACCAAGCAUCAGGGGCUUGGUGCCCUUGAUGACUCUCGAAGGCUUGGAGCCUUCGAGAGUUGUCUUGAUGAGACUCCAUCUCAUGGAGGUGCUACUUCAUAUAGUGCAACUCAGGGUGUUGAAGACUGCCAGCUUUCCUUGGCUACCCUGGAGUCCAUCUUUUACUUCCCAAACAAGACUCAGCUGUUCACAUUACCCACUGACAAGACUCUGUUCACUUUGCCUGUUGGGACGCCAAUUGGGUUUCUCUUGCUCACUUUCUUACUUUCCUGGUUAUCAUGGCAUUCUCUCCAUCAUCUAUUAAGGCUGAUGGUUUUCCAUGGCUACCCCCAGCUCCACCUUGUCCAUCUGAGACAAGACUCCUUCACUUUUCCUGCUGCAUUCUCUCCAUUAUCUAUUAUGGCCAAUGGUUUGCCAUGGCUACCCCCAGUUCUGUCUUCUCCUUCUGAUACUAGAGUCUUUCAAUUUGCCUGCUGUACAUUCUCUUCGACAUCUAUUACACUAGGAGAAUGUUUGGUGCAUCCCCCACCAAGUGCCAGGGGCUUGGUGCCCUUGGCAGCUCUCAAAGGCUUGGAGCCUUCAAAAGUCAUCUUGCUGUGUUGUCUCUGCUUCUGUCAUAGUGAGCCACAAACAAUUAUAUUCUUUACCUGGGGCACACAAUGA